AUGGUUGAGAAGAUCUACGUUACCUACAACGAGGUCCACAAGCUCUGCCAGAAGUCGGCAGACACGAUCCUCAAUGAGUUCAAGCCCAACCUCAUGAUCGCCAUCGGCGGCGGCGGCUACGUGCCCGCGCGCAUUCUGCGCUCCUUCCUCAAGAAGCCGGGCAACCCCAACAUUCCCAUCCAGGCCAUCGGCCUGUCGCUCUACGAGUCGCUUGGCACUGACGACGAGGUCGAGGCCCCCGGCACCAAGGUCACCCGCACGCAGUGGCUGGACCUGUCGUCGCUCGAGAUGGCCAACCUGAUCGGCAAGAACGUGCUGAUCGUCGACGAGGUCGACGACACGCGCACCACGCUCGAGUACGCGGUGCGCGAGCUCGAGAAGGACGUCGAGCAGGCCACCCAGAAGCUCGGCCGCUCCGGCGAGAAGACGACCUUCUCCAUCUUCGUCCUGCACAACAAGGACAAGGCAAAGAAGGGUGCCCUUCCCCAGGACCUGAUGGCCGGCGGCAAGUACAUCGCCGCCCAGACCGUCGGCGACGUCUGGAUUAACUACCCCUGGGAGGCUACUGACAUCGACGAGCACGACCGCCUGGCUGCGGAGGCCGCGAAAGCGAAGACGUCGGCCUAA